AUGGUGAAUUAGUCUCCUCACAAUCACACUUAUUAAUAUAACUCUUACCGGGUUUCGCAAAACUCCGAAUUUCCUUAAAAUUUUGAUGGAAUGUGUUCCCCCACUCUAUAUUAGAACGCUCCCAAUUUUUUUUCCGACCUUUUGGCUUUCCGACCUUUUGUCUUCCGACCUUUUUGGUUUUCCGACCUUUUGUCACGUACUCGGCCGAGGAGGGGGGCGGAGUCUCACUAGCAAGUUUGCCGCACGCGUUUUUUGUCCUUGUCUGGUGGACCAAACCAAAGUCAACAUUUUAAAUGAACAGAAAUGAUGUUCUAAAAAAGCAAAACCACUUUUGAGGUCAAAAGUUUCGAACCAGACACCUCAAAAUAGCCGAGCGAGCACUCCGCCACUGCGCCAGCCGGGCGGAAACGUGGCCUAACUUUUCAAACUCGGCCCCGAAGUCGCUCAAUUUGCACUGCAAAAAGAGCUUCUCAACAGAGCGCCAUUUCUGUGCGGUGCUCCUACAAAAAUAGUGCAUUUUCGCGCUGAAAAACAUUUUGGGUUUUCAGAGAGUGUAACUAUAGAUUCUUAAAAUAAAAAAAAAGGGUCAUCGCUGAAAAUUCUCCGCUUACUUUUCUGGCAGUUUGAGGAUCUGUAAAAAAUUUCGGCGACUUGGGAGUCAAAAUCUGACUUCAAAAACGGAUUCCUCAUCCCUUAAACUAUCGGAAUCACUUGAAAAUAGGCGCGUGAAGCCAUAAACUUGGCCACACAAGCUCUCAGACUGACUUCCAUUUUCGUUUUCGCCGUUUUUUGGAAAAACGGUGCGUUUUCACGGGAAACUGAGUUGUUCAUUGGAUUCAGCAUGGUCGAUUACAUAAAGUAAAACUUUUUGGGUAUGGUACUUCAUUUGGGGACCUCGGUACAGAGUCUGUACUACAGACCGUCAAACACGCGCGCGCGAAAAUCGGGAGAAAAUUCGUCAGGCCACGCUAGAGAGUUACAGUCAGAUAUGUUUCGAAUUUCAGCGCGAAAAUGCACUAUUUUUAUAGGGGCACCGCACAGAAAUGGCGCUCUGUUGAGAAGCUCUUUUUGCAGUGCAAAUUGAGCGACCUCGGGGCCGAGUUUGAAAAGUUAGGCCACGUUUUCAGUGGAAAAUUACUUCGCGGCCUAGAAAUUCGGCCAGAUUGCGAACAGCGCGCCCUUUCUGCCCGGUGCCCCUAUAAUAGAUUAGAAAGGUGCCAUGACUUGCGUACAAUUUUGUUUUCAUCAGAUCGUACAUGGGAUACCCGGCCUUUCGCUAGCCGUAUCCGUUGACGGUGAAGUGUUGUGGAGAGAGGGAUUCGGCUAUUCCAAUUUAGAAAAUGGGUCUAAAUGUACAGGUACAUUGCCAUAGACAAUUUGUCACCAAUUGGAAGUCAUUGAAUAUGUUCUGUCUACAGCGGAUACUGUGCUUAGAAUUGGCAGCAUUAGUAAAUCAAUCACUUCGACGAUAGCUGGGCAAUACGUCCAGGAUGGAAAAUUGAAUUUGGAUACAGACAUCAGAGUAAGUCAACACUUUUCUGAGCUUCUUAGAGAUUGAAUGUCCAGCCUUUCAGUAAGACGAGCGGCCGUACGUGUCCAAACGAUCGCCUACAUAAUAUUUUUCUUCAAUUUCAGAACUAUGUAAAAGAGUUUCCGUCAAAGAAGUUUCAUGACGAGGAAGUCUAUAUCACUAUGCGUCAGCUAUUAUCGCAUUCAUCUGGUAUCCGCCACUAUAAAAGAACUGGAGUGAGUGAAACUAUGUAUUUAUAUUAA